UCUUACACCACUCAACUAAAAGUCUAACUGAGUUUUAAGCUUCGGCCAAACACGAUAAUUACUCCGCUUGCCAUAAAAUUAACAGUUCGAAUGUGAAUGCUCAUCGCGAAUGGGGAUAUGGGGUACCCUCACCAAAAAAAAGGUAGCAAUUGCCCCAAGUUCAAUUAUUGAUUGGUGAUUGUGAAAGGUAAGAGGUGCAACUGACCAACUGGUAGCCAUUUGAACCCAACGAGAUGGCACAUUCAAUACACACAGAGCGCAGCAUUCAUGAAAUGCUCAAGGACACACCACCUUUGAAUGAAAGUGGUAGUGCCAUACACAGCGGAACCGAAGGCAGGCCCUUCAUGCCACCAAAUAGUCUACCACUUCAUAAUCACUCGGCACCUGCCACACCCAUGACACAAACCAGCCCACAGAACGGCGUGGACGCCGGUCUUUUACGUACGGGUGCUUCAAAAAUCGACAGUAUAAAAAAUUGGAGCAUAUCAACUUACAAGUGCACUCGUCAAAUAAUGUUAGAAAAGUUGGGUAAAUCACAACGUACCGUGGACUCUGAACUGGAAGCGCAGAUCGAGCAGUUACGUGAUACACAACGCAAAUAUCUAUCAAUUUUACGGCUGACGCGCGCUUUCAGUUCACAUUUUCACCAUGUCGUUUCAGCACAGCACGCGCUAGCCGAAGCAUUUGCAGAUUUAGCACAGAAAAGUCCAGAGCUGCAAGAGGAGUUCACUUGUAACUCGGAGACACAACGAAAUCUUACAAAAAAUGGUGAAUUGCUCUUAAGUGCGCUAAACUUUUUCAUCUCAUCGGUGAAUACAUUGUGCAAUAAAACGAUUGAUGACACGUUGCUCACUAUUAAGCAAUAUGAAACGGCAAGAGUGGAGUUCGAUGCAUAUCGUAUGGAUUUGGAAAACACCAAACCCGAGUUGCCACAAAGUCCGGUAACUGAGGAAGCGCAAAAAAACUUUUCGCAUCAUAAAGAACUUUAUGAAAAGUUGCGAGCCGAUGUAGCAGUGAAAAUGCAAUUUCUCGACGAGAACAGAAUUAAAGUAAUGCAUAAACAAUUGGUGCUGCUGCACAAUGCAAUUGCGGCGUAUUUUUCCGGAAAUGCCGUUGCUCUAGAGAACACAAUGAAACAAUUUAAUAUAAAAUUGAAGGUGCCUAACGCCGCAACUGGGUCAUGGCUGGAGCAGUAGUACUGCUAAAUAACCGUCCCUCGUAAAUACCCAAUGGUCAUAAGCACCUAUAAACUAGCAAAUAUCUCAAGCAUAUAAAAUCAACAUCAAAUA